CCUGUUCCUUUUCAGUUCCUGGCCACGCCAUUUUGACCAGACUGCGAAUUAGUUGCUAUUUGAUUGUGCUGCAUUCGUACCAUCACAGAAAUAAUCAUGGGUAGGAAGAAGAAGAAGCAAAUGAAGCCAUGGUGUUGGUAUUGCAACAGAGAUUUCGACGACGAGAAAAUCCUCAUUCAACACCAAAAGGCGAAACAUUUCAAAUGCCAUAUAUGUCAUAAGAAAUUGUAUACGGGUCCAGGUUUAGCUAUUCAUUGUAUGCAGGUUCACAAAGAAACAAUAGAUGGAGUCCCUAAUGCCAUCCCUGGUAGGACUGACAUUGAGUUGGAAAUAUAUGGCAUGGAAGGAAUUCCUGAGAAAGAUAUGGAGGAGAGACGACGUGUUUUGGAACAAAAAACACAAGAGAGUCAGAAGAAGAAGCAGAACCAAGAUGACUCAGAUGACGACGAUGAUGAUGAGGCCGGGCCUUCCUUCCAGCAACCAGCUGCCCAGCCCCAAGCUGCAUAUGCACCCCCCAUGACCCAAGCAGGCAUGCCUCCAGUGCCAGCUGCACCAGGGAUGCCACCAGGGGGCUAUGCGGGUAUGCCCCCAAUGAUGCCUGGUGUUCCUCCUAUGAUGCCAGGAAUGCCGCCUGUCAUGCCAGGCAUGCCACCAGGCAUGAUGCCAAUGGGUGGAAUGAUGCCACCAGGACCUGGAAUGCCACCUAUGAUGCCAGGCAUGCCACCGGGAAUGCCCCCACCGGUGGCCCAUCGACCUGGCAUGCCCCACAUGGCGCAGGGUCCUCCGUCCGCAGUCCCAGGCAUGCUGAACAGACCCGCCAUGCCCACUGCCACCGCAUCCUCAGCCCAGCCGGCGGUCACCAAGCCCCUGUUCCCCAGCGCAGGACAGAUGGGAACUCGGGCUCCAAGUACAAGUACACCCUCAGCGAGUGUCGACACUUUGUCUGCAUCCUCUAAGCCUCUGUUCCCUAGCACAGCACAAGCUCAGCAAACGGGUUCUGGUGCGGCCGGGGCCGACAUGAAGGCCCUGAGCACCCCAGCUACCUCCUCUGACCCGGCCAAGCCCACGUUCCCCGCCUACACUCAGUCCACUGCCCCGGCAGCCGGCUCUGGCUCGGGCAGUACCGUAUCCAAACCGCCCACUCCCGUGACCAGUAAGCCUGCCACACUCACCACCACCAGUGCAACCAGUAAGUUGAUGCACCCCGAUGAGGACAUCUCGCUGGAGGAAAUCCGAGCUCAGUUGCCCAGAUACCAGAGUAAAAUGCCCCGGCCGGGGCAGGCCGCCAUGGCUAGCCCGCCUGUUACCCCCAUGAGUGGAAUGAUUCCCCCUCAGCAGGGCUUGCCACCUCAACAGCCAGGUGUGCGGCACCCCAUGCAUGGGCAGUAUGGUGCUCCACCCCAAGGCAUGCCAGGCUACAUGCCUGGUGGCAUGCCUCCUUACGGGCAGGGGCCACCCAUGGUGCCCCCUUAUCAAGGAGCACCACCACGGCCGCCCAUGGGCAUGAGGCCUCCUGUCAUGUCACAGGGAGGUCGCUUCUGAAGCCCCCAACCAACCAACCAACUGCCUGUCUGCAAUAGGUUUGGAGAUUCAUCCAUUUUCUCAUCUAGUGCUGUUUAUUUAGUUGCCAAGUUGCCAGUAACGGUAAAUGUAAAUUCUACUUGCGCUUGUGAGAAAAAAGGAAAAAAAAAAAAAAAACUGGGUGAGGAGAGAGAAAAAAAGCUUAACAACGCAUGGGACAUUUGCAUUUGAAAAAACAACUAUGAAAAGAAAUGAAAGCAUUUUCUCUUCAUCUGCACCUGAUGGAUUCUGUUGUUGCAAAAUCAUACUGUGUGUGUGUGUGGCUUUUUUCCCCUCUUAUGUUCCAUUUAGGUUUUUAGAAGUGUAGUAAAUAUGGUUCGUAAUGUUUUGAAGGCGCUGGAGUUACAUGAACAGGCCCUCCUUAAACAAGGCAAGUCCCUGUAAAUACAUGUACUGUGCUUAUUAUCUGCGAGGCCUUCACAGCGCCCUUAGGUGCUGUUGGACCUCUGUGUCCCCAACUGAGUUUGGUGAGGGCUUCCUCAGGUAGCUGUUGUGUCUUGUCUGCUUGUCCACCUUUUAUUUAACCUCAAAAAAUCUCUUCAAUUCAGUUUCAAAGUAAAUCUGAAAAAAAAAAAAAAAAAAAACACGGUCACACACUAAACUGUUUCUGUGAAUUUGAUUUCUGUACUGCUGUAAGACUCUACCCCUUGUAAUAAAACAUGUUGAAAACUUAAGACUGUUUUUUCAUGGCCGUGGGGAAAGGACUCCGUCAGCAAGGUUUGUACUUUGAGUUUGUUACAAAACUGCAGGCUCAGCUGAACUUACUUGAAUGGAAAUGUGUGUGGAUCCAAUGUUGUGUUAUUUCUUUCUCUUUUUCUUUAAGAACCACUGAAGUGUAUGUCUUGAGUGGUAUUGGUCAUCCACAUUGUAAAUGUUGCCACCCUGCAGAUCUGGGUUUGAAAGGAUGUAGUUAUUUUUUAAACUCCUCAACAGGGUGGGGAGUGCAGUCCACAGCAUUGAAAUUGUCCUCCAGUUGCAGGGUUGGCAUUUAUGAAUAUGGAUGCUCCCAAUCACCAAUGAGAUUGCUCUUGCAUGGCUCUCUGUUGUGAGACACUGAAAAAUAUAAUUGUGCUUUUUCCCCCCGAUUCUGAUCUUUUUUUUUUUUUUUUUAAAUAUAUAUAUAGUUGUAUAUUUCACUGUACAUUCAGAUGGGUUGUAAAAGUUAUGCUCAUCCGAAAGCAAAACCUAAUAUCCAUCUUAAUAGUUAGGAUUAUCUGGUAUCAUUGAUUAUUUUUUAUUUUAUUACGCUCUUGUGAAUUUAGUGUUUUACGUGGCCUUUUGGAUGCAUAACUUCACAGCGCCUAAGAGUGCUUUUUUUACAGUUAGAAGGUGUUGAAAGACGUGGCUGAUGUGCUAAACUUAAGAUCUCUCUUCCCCUCCCCUCUGUAGCUAUGCCAUGGAACUGGCAGAGGCAGAGUCUUGAGGGUUGCUCUGGUCAGGCCGAGGCAAGUCAGUCCUUUUUUUCCUCCCUCAUUCUCCUGUCCACUCCAGGGGCCCUCACAGCCCUCAGGGCUGUUGGAUGCCUGCGUCCCCAAACUUGCAGCAAGUUUGGUGAAGGCCCCUUGAAUCUGUUCACUGUAGGCACUGCCACUGACUAACCGCUUCACUCAUGCAAGUUCCUUGUCACUAUACAUAGUUUUUAGUUUGGGUGGGAUUAGUUGGUAAUUGCAUAGACAAAGCAAAUGGCUCCUCCUUGACGUUGUUGGGAUUGGCAAAUGUCGUGUAGUUUAUGAAAUGGUGGCUCAGUGACAAAAUCUGAGUACAGAUUUUACCUGGUAAAAAGAGGGGUUGUAACUAAAGUGACCUUACCCACUGUAAUAUAGGUCCAUCUCAUGUGAUCAGGCAGUUUAUUCUUAACAGUUAUAAACACCUCUCGCCCAUUGUAAAUCAAACUUGCAAACAUGCAGCCAUGUCAUGUAUUAGAACAGCACUACCAAGAACAGCAGCACCAUCCCCACUACCCUUACUGCCCUCUGCCCAAAAUUAACACUAAGAAGCCACAUGUCAGCCAGCUGUUCUCUGUACUGAGUGAAGUGUGAAACGAUUCAAACACAUGGUCCAUGUCAUUCAUGUGCUCUUUGUUUCCAUCAGCUGACCAACAAACAGCAUUUCAGCACUCGCUAUUAGCUGGUCAAAGUCGAGAGUGUCGCCACUACAGGUUAGUUUAUCCUGUAAGUAUCAGACUCGGGCUAGCAUAGUUCUGUCUUGUCAUGUUCAGGCAUUAGCAGCUGUAAUUGUUGACAAAGGACUGGACACACAUUGUCCCUUUUUGAAGUUGUAGUACCACAUUGGGUUUUUUUGGACUCUGUAACAUGUAACUUAACACAACCACAGUAUUAGUGCAUGCAGUGUAUGUGGAUUUCCCACUUUUGUGAUGCAAGCCUCUGGGGAAAGUGGCGUGAGUGUGAAGCGUUUGUAAGCUCCAUCUAAUCCUGUAGUACCUUUGAUUCCUCUGAUCCAGCCGUGUCACCCCCGAGGCAGGGAUUCAGGGUCUGCUAACAGACUUUUUUGGUAAGUACAGGUGAAUCCAACAUUUUGGUGUCAAAUCGUGUUAGCACAGGAGGUCAGAGACUUGAGUCGGGGGGGUGGGGAAUGUGUGUGUGUGUGUGUGUGUGGGGGGGGGGGGGGGUUAAUAGAAUGACGUCUCAAACAGGUAGGACUUUUACCUGAUAGUUCUCAGACAUUACCCUGGCAUUCAUCAAGAAUUGCUCCAAUGUGUUUGUAAUGCAGUCAGUUCAAACAUGGGAAGGUACAUAGUGCUUCAUUAAAUACAUCAUCUUGUAGGUCCUCCUCUUCGUUACUUAAUGAUGUCCUAUGUACUUGGAGAGGGAUUUUUUUUUUUCCGAAGCAUCUAAUGGAAUUCCCUCCACAUAUAUUUUUUUAAUUUCUUUUUUUAAUUUCUUCAGCACUAUUUUAUAAAUUCUUAAAGGCUUACAAAUCUCCUACCCAUGUCCUCCCCUCCAGGGGCAUCCCUCUUAAAGCCCCUGUUUCUGUUAAGAGCUGUGGGUUACUUUGCAUCUUAUUAAAGUGUCCUUUAAUUAGAUCACUGGGGUCAGGGAGUCUGCUGUAAACCUGAUGAGCACUUUCAGACCUGUCAGACUUGUUCUUUGUUACCUAAAUGUAGAGCUCUCUUGUGGUCAUCUUUCACUGUAAGUUUUAGAAAGUGUCUUGUACAUCAUUGAUCCAUAUUGUAUGUUUCUCCAAAUCCCAUUAAUUGCACCCAGCUGUAGCAGAAAAUUCCCCUUCCCACUUUUGCUCCUCUGAUCUGUUAAAUCAGGAAUUACUUAUCAUUAAGAGUUGUAUAUAUUCUGUAAUAUCUAAGUAUAUUAUUCUGUCCUGUCUAUAACAUGUCAUGUAUUUAUUGCACAGAAACAUGCAUUUUUGCCACGUUGGUGCUUAGAGGGUUAAAAGUUUCCAUUUUUUGAUGGUUAUAACUGACAAAUUCUUCUCUAAAGUAUCACAUUGCAGAGUAUCAGUAUGGCACCAAAUGAGCAAUUCUUUUUGACUGCCACUGCAUUUUGACUGUUGUUGUCAGCAUAGAGGUUUUGGUUGGAACAUCAUGAAUGUGCUUCAGAAAUAUAUUAGACUAACAUACAGUACUGUGCAAAAGUUUGUUUUAGAUGUUUUUUAUGAUGGUAGGAAAUGUAAUAUUUUAUGUAAGUACAAUAGACGUUUUGGCAAAUUCCACUGAGACGUAUAUAAUUAAAGAAACAAAGUAAGAGUAGUAGACCACAUUGUUUUUCAAACCAGUGUAAAUAUUGCAUGAAGAAACAAAAAAUCUGAAUAAAUCCACUGAAGAACUACAGCUGUAGUUUUCUUAAAACAAGGCUUGCUAGGCUACCUCUUAGGAAAUUGUGAAUGCAGGCAAAUUGAUGCUGUUUUGUUAGUUUUUCAAACCAGUGUAACAAAGAAUCAGAAUAAACCCACUGAAGAACUAUGUUCUCUUAAAACAUUAUAGGGCACACCGAAUGUUGCUUUGAUUUUGGUAUUGUUACAGUAAAAAGUAUUCAUACUAAUGUCAGUGUUUUUGGAAGAACCUUCAUGAUUCUUUCUUUCACAAGUGCCUAAACCUUGCGCAGUACUGUAACUUCACAAGUGAACAUGAGUCAAACGUAUUUGCCAUCAAUGAAAGUAAAUACAGUCCUGAAAGUUAUUUUAAAAAAGUCAAAGGCACACAUGAUGCAAAAAAGACCUUAAUCUAAUUUAUUAUGUGCGACUGAACAAAAUGUGCACAUAGGCGUAGGUCACUGCAAAUAUCAAAUAGGUCCAUGAUCAGUUAAUUACAGUUAAGCAUACAUGUCAUAAAUGUUAAGCCGUUUCCCUGGACCGCUGGCUGUUACGGUACGUUGAAAACCCAUACCAUUCUACUUUGUUUGUCUUCCUAUAAGGAAAGACAAUGUCAAUUGUCAACUUAAGACAGGUCUGAGUCUGAAUCAUGUUAACAUUUUCCAAAUAGGCAAUUAAUCACUAAAAAUACCUCACUAAGAUUUAUACAUUAAAUAACAUGUUUUUGAGAUAUAGUUGCACUUUGGCGCCUUUGCCAAAAAGGUAUAUUUCAGGCAAUUUCUCAGUAAUAGCAUUUUUAAACAUUUGCUCUUUUUUGUGUGCUUUAAUGCAGUUGGUGUUGUUUUACUGUUUGACAGUUAUUUGAUGCACUUCUGUUGCACCAGCUUUGUCAUCUACAUGCCUAAAAGUUAUAAAUGUAUGAACAUGCUUUGAAUUGAAAUGGCUGAACAAAUGAACUGCUAGUUUUAACUAAAUAAACAAACUUUCUUUGACCCCA